CAAAAAUGCGUUCAUUUUCAACACAAUUGUGAGCACCUUCAUGCCCAGCCAGUAACGGUCAGUGAUCCUUCGAUGUUCGCCGCCGCAGCACAUGCGAUCGUGCGCAUGGCGAAGCUGUCUCCACAACGAUCUGCAUCGUCUGACAGAGGCGAGGAGGGUGAUCUGCGGACAGCUGAUCGCGUAAGCAUUUGGCCACAGGAUGAAAUGACGUGAGUGCCGAUUUGAGGAGAAGAAGGCAAAUACAACAGAAGAUGAUAACUCAUUUCGUAGGAAUAACGUUUUUCGUACGAAAGUUGCACAAAUCUGUGGCUACCCUCGAGAAGUGGAAGUGUAGGAACUAACGAAGUACCAACUCCUGAUAAUGACUGAAGCCUGUUGGAAGAAUACCAUUUACGAAAUGAAGAGUGAAGGGUAUAACAGGCAGCUUCCUACAGUUGGCAUGUAAUAGAUUUCGGAAAGCGAAAUGGUGAAUUUUUCGGUGUGAACUGAUUUUGUUUUAGUUUUUGCACUAUUUAACUGUAACUUACGCUCAUGGAAAGAAUUAAAGUCUUUUUGCGUGCCAGUGUCGUCAUAAACACAGCAUUACAUUGACAAGUAGCGUUGCCUUCUUUCGUGCACAGAAAACUUUAGUAUCGCUUGGACACAGUCGGAACAAUAUCACAAUGUCGUACCUGCGAGGCUCAGCAAAUUAUGUAUGGAGUACAACCUGCAUUCUCGGCCGAGGCGCGACGGCAACGGUCUACCAGGGCGUAAAUAAAAAAACCGGUGAUCCUGUGGCCGUCAAAACAUUUAACAAGCUUUCGCUUGAUCGUCCUGCCAAUGUACAAAUGAGAGAAUUCGAUGUUUUGCGAAAGGUGAACCAUGAAAAUAUUGUCAAGCUUAUUUCUAUUGAAGAUGAUUUGGAAAACUCAAGCAAGGUAUUGGUUAUGGAGUUAUGCACGGGAGGAUCGCUGUUCUCAAUUCUAGACGAUCCUAUGAACUCUUACGGGUUAGAAGAGGAUGAAUUCUUAUUAGUACUUAAAGAUCUCACAGCUGGCAUGAAGCAUCUACGUGAUAACAGUAUUAUUCACCGAGAUUUAAAGCCUGGAAACAUAAUGAAAUAUGUUGCUGAAGAUGGCCGCUCGAUUUAUAAGUUGACUGACUUUGGAGCGGCUCGCGAGCUAGAAGAGGAUCAGCAAUUUAUGUCUCUAUACGGAACUGAAGAGUACCUUCAUCCGCAUAUGUAUGAGAGGGCCGUCUUGCGCAAACCGGGUGACAAGCUGUUCAGCUCAAAUGUGGAUCUCUGGAGCAUUGGGGUAACUCUCUAUCAUGUGGCGACCGGAAGCCUGCCCUUUCGACCAUAUGGCGGGCGAAGAAAUCGCGACUGCAUGCACUUCAUCACGACGAAAAAGGAAUCCGGGGUGAUUUCGGGUGUGCAGAAGGACCAUAGCACUUCGUCGAUAGAGUGGGGCAGAGACCUACCGAAAACUUGUCUUCUUAGUGCUGGGCUCAAGGAACUAUUCGUGCCCAUUUUGGCUGGAGUGAUGGAGUGCGAUAGCAGUAGGAUGUGGUCGUUCGAUCGGUUCUUCGAAGAGGUUACUGCCAUUCUGUGUUGUCGGCGACUUCACGUAUUUCAUGUUAGCGAGUGCCGCGAGCUAGUGCUCUACAUUGCAAAAGAUGGCGUCGAAGAUACUCGGCCUCGCAUGUCUGACAUUGCGGAGCAACUAAACAAACAAACCAAUGUUUCAUCCAAGAAUCAGCUGGUUACAUUCGACAAGCAGUUGCUAGAGAACUAUCUACAGCAGAAUGGCCAUCUUCCUGCCACCUGCGUACAACGAGCGGCCUAUUUGUUCAAUGUCGAAGCUAAAGAAGUGCGUCUAAGCAGUGUGCAGAGUAUGCAGAGUGCAAAGUUUCCGGAGUUUCCAUCGAGCGGCGUGAACCUCGAUGAAGAUGCAUCUAUUGCAAAGACUUGGUGCAGUAUUACGCACGUUACAAAGCGGCUCAUUGAAAGGCUUCUACGCUGUUACCAACAUCUUGAAAAGGCGCCUAUGGAGUUGGCCGCCCUCAUUGAGGAAAGGACAGCAGGACUUAAAGCUGAGUUUCGCUUUACAAAGGAAGCCGCCUACGCUAUGGAUCGGCAGCUUACACGAACUGCGAAAUCGCAAGCUCAGAUAUGCGAACUAACGGCACUAGUUCCGACGGAAAGUCCAGAGUUGGACCAGUUAAAGAGGAUGGUGGCAUCUAAACAGCCGGCUGCUCAGAGACCGAUGCUGGAUAGCCUUGCCCGAACAGAACGUGAGAUUGAUUCUCUAGAGGCGAAGGUGUUGUCGCCAAAGUCGUUGUCAAAACAGUGGACGCAACGCCGAUCAGAAGUUCCUCCGGUCGAUGGAUGUCUUGAAACCGCCUCGAGUUACGUGGCAAAGAUUAGGGACAACUGGCAGGCGUUAGCACGGGACAAGGCUACGAAGAAGCUGACUUAUCACGAUGAGCAGUUCCAUAUGCUGGAGAAACAUAAAAUGCAGCAGACAAGCCUUAAGCUUAUGGCUUUAAUGCAGGAUCGCUGCCUGAAACCAUGCUAUAAACUUUCGCAACGUCUACAAACAUGGUACCGAGAGUCAAUUUCUGCUCAUCGCACAUGUCUUCAACUUAAACUGGCUUUGGGUUCUUUAACUGAAAUGGCGGCCUGGUAUAGUCAAGCCCUCAAAACUGAUGAAGAGUUUGACUCAAUCGUAGGCCAAUUUAUCACUACCAUUAAAACAUUCUCUAAACCACCGCCGCAAGCAUCCCCACAACUCAUGCUUCACCAGCCGCCCCUGUCACCCCAGCCUUUGACGGAUAUUUUAGCCCAGAGAAACGGUCAACUGGAUAAGGUUCUUCUGCUCAAAUUAGAAGAGUUACGAAAGGAGCAGAAUGAAAUUUUGCAGAUCGUUGAAGAAAUUCAGGAAAUCAUUUACAACGUUCUUCGGCUUUCCCAAUGAACCUCGUAGGAUGCGAUGGCAAGCACGCACAUACACGAUAUUCAGAGGUUCGUUCUUCCAUGCUUGUGUGUUUACCAGUUUCAUCAUCCGU